UAAUUUUAAAAAAUACAUUAAAUUAAUCUGGCAAUAUCCUUGAAAAACAAUAGUGGAAAAGCUAGUUUUUGUUCUUGUUUCAGCAAAGAACUUCAACUUUAACUAAAAUUUGUUUACUCUCGUCUUUUGUGAUGUUUUUCCUCCCUACAUUAUUUUAACUAUAAUAAAAGGCUCUUUUUUUACUAUUAUCUCUUCAAGAACAAAAAUAUGUCAGCAACUACCCUCUGUACUUACGAUUGUAGGCCAAGAAAUUUCAAACUGCGAAUUCAUAUCUGUACCAAUUUUCACGUGAUUGUUUCGCCUUCAACCGAAAACCAUGGAUGAAUUAAUUGUCAUGUAUAUUCAUCGGUUUCUGUGAAUGGAACAGAUGAAAACAAAACGAUUUGCUCUUUUCCUUGCUUGUAUUCUAUGCAUUACCAUCCUCGUUCUCCUCUAUGGAGAUCUCCCCGUGCAGCCAUCUAUACAAAAUUUAGUGUCUGAAACACAGACACGAAUAACUGAUUGGAAAGCAUUCAAAAUCAGCAAAGAUGUGAGGAAACCUGAUCCAGAAGAAAAAUAUCUUAAGCAGCUUGGAUUUCUUACCGAUAAACCUCGUUUAUAUCCAAACACAGGCUGGGUGAACUCUUCUUUACCAGUUUUUGUAACCACCGUUCCUCCAAGUGAUCUCCAAUAUAUCCUAACCUUUUUGAAAUCAUUUCAACAUUUUUUUCCGAAUUCUGUUCUUUUCAUCUACGACUUGGGUCUGAAUCCGACAGACAGCUCUCUUAUCAGCGGGAUUUGCAACAACACAUCCACUUGUGUUUUGAGGACAUUUGAUUUUGAUGCAUAUCCUUCUCAUGUACGGAAUUUACAACUAUAUGCAUAUAGGCCAAUAAUCAUUCAAGAAGUUUUGAAUGAAGCUGGAGCCAUUGUUGUAAUUGACGUUCGAUUUACAUUGAUAUCUGGAGAACUCCAUAAAUUGAUGAGCCAUGCUGAGAAAACUGGUGUGAUUUCCUGGACUAUAAAUCAGCCAACAUCUGCUCUGACGCAUCCUCGUAUGUUUGAUUAUUUCCAUACACAGCAAGAAAAGUUCUUUUUUCAUCGUAUGGUCGAGCCUAAUCAUAUGAUAUUGUUAAAUACGGAACACAUACAUUUCAGGCUCAUGUUCCCAUGGGUGAAAUGUGCCCUUGUACCAAACUGUAUUGCUCCCAUUGGCGCUCAAAACUCUGGGUGUAGAUUUGAUAAGAAACCACUCUAUCGUUAUACUGGCUGCCAUCGUUACGAUACGUCUGCGUUGAAUGUAGUACUUGGCCUUAUGUUUGACUUUUCUUCUAGUCAUUAUGCCGCAAAAGAAGAAGAUAAGUUUUUCCAUCUUAUCGAUUUUGAUAAAGAACUACCUUUAGAUUCUGAGAAAAAUUCCACUUUAUUUCCAGAUUUCAUGAAACUAUAAAUUUCUGGUCAAAUUUUCAAAAAUGAAAUUUAGAGGAAUUUUGAUGUCAUGCUACAUUUAUUUUUGCACAUUUGGCUUCAACACUAAUGGCGAAAAAAAAAACCAGGUGUAUUUUCACGCUACUAAUUACCUAGUAUAGGGAUGUAACGGGAUGGUUGCCUACGUGUUAUUCCUUUGAUUUGAUAGAUUUUUGCCAUUUUGAAUAUUUAGAACUGUUCUGGAAUCUGCUAAUUUAACAAUUCUUAUUAACUGAUUUAAAUGUUACACCUA